UCUUAUUCUGGCGGAACACUGAAGGAAGCAACACAACAACAAUGGCGGCGACCUUGUGCAGAGCAUGUGCCCCGUUUCAAGGUUAACAUCAUGAUCUCCUUCAUCAAGGCUGCUGUCGGCGGACUGACUGGUACCUGUAGAACCCACGGUCUCUUACGAGGUCCUUUGCACAGCCACUUGAAAGUCCUAGCUGCUGGCUUGAAAACCUUUGAAAUUCCUCCAGACUACAGUGAUGUGGUACUACCAGAGAAACCCAAACUGAAAGUUGUAAACAAGGUGCCUAACUUAAAACAACCUAAGAAAGAGAUGAGGAAGCUGCGGGAUAUCCAAGGCCCGGCCAAAACUGGAAAUACCUUCACUACAGGACAGUAUGCUAUUGUGGCCAUGGGAGGGGGCUACCUUCAUUGGGGUCACUUUGAGAUGAUGCGUCUAACUAUUAACCGCAAGAUGGAUUCUCAUACUACAUUUGCUGUGUGGCGUGUCAGAGAACCAUAUAAGCCCAUCACACGUAAAAGUCUGGGCCAACGCAUGGGUGGGGGCAAGGGAGCCAUUGACCAUUAUGUGACACCUGUCCGCUGUGGUCGUUUAAUCGUGGAGGUGGGAGGAAAGGUGGAGCUGGCAGAGGUUGAGCACAUCUUGAUUGAAGUGGCAAAGAAACUACCCUUCCCUGCCAAGGUAAUGAGCAGAGAGAGUCUAGCAACUAUGUAUGAGAAGCAGGCUGAGAUGGAGCAGAACAACCAGAAUCCUUGGACCUUUAAGCGGAUAGCACAAGGCAACAUGCUUGGUAUCAGGAAAGUGCUCAGCCCCUUUGACCUGUGCAACCAUGGACGCUUCACGGGCAAAUUUUAUCUCCCUGAGAGGGUUUGACAGGCUGAAGGGACAGAAAAAAAGUCUUACUGUGACAACAAAAAUUUUGAUUUUUUUUUUAUAAAUGUGAAUAUAUUAGUAAAUUUGACAUUUUGUUGAGGGGACCCCCCGAUUAUAUUUUUUAAUUUCUCAUGUUGACUCAAGUGUUAUGACAGAACAGAAUUUGAGGGUCUGUCUAAUUUGCUGUAAAAAAAGUAAAAGACAAAGGAAAACAAAGCUCUACAGAUUUAACCAAAUUAGGAACAAAAAACAAAAUGGUUGAAAGUAUUUACCCUCUUUAUUGUAAGGUCCAUAAUAGAUUGAAUGUAUCUUAAAUACAUCUAUUGUAAGUUGUAACAAGUGAUUAUAGUUCUAAAGUAUCUGUAAUCAAGGAUGUCCAAGAGUUGUUUUGUCAUUUCCCUUGUAAAAAUGUAUAAAAUAUAAAUGUAUAAUAAAAAUGUAAAAGAACAAAUAAAAUGAAUUCA